AUGAAGUCGACUGCUCUGAUUGCACUCUUGGCCGCCACCUUGGUGAGCGCGCAGCAGCCCGGCCAGUGCAAGGCGACGCCCGACUGCGCGAAGUUCGGCGAUGGCUACACGUGUGUCGCCGUGCAGUCAGCGAUCGCGGGCAUCACGCUUGCGUCGCAGUGCGUCAUUGGCACGACCUGCGGCGGCAACACGCCCGGGAAAUGCCCGACGUUCAGCUCGUGGUCGUCCAAGUUCCAGAAGAUCCAGCCAGUCUGCGCCUUCACGAACGUCACCAACUGCGUCAACCCGAUCAAGGAUGGGACCACGGCGGCAUCGACAAGCGGCUCCACUAAUGUCAACUGCUACCAGGCGACGUUCACGGCCAACAACGACUCGCAGAUCGUCAAUGGGAUCUACAAGUGCGUCGACUCGGGCCUUUAUGUCUCGCAGAACCUCGGGGCCAUCCAAAACUUGACGACAACGCAGAUGGACGCGUGCGCCGGCAACACGUCGACCAGCGGUGGCGCCUUGUGCAACGGCCACGGCACAUGCGCGCCGACGAUCCCCUUCUCGAGCAAGUACCAGUGCCUCUGCAACGAAGGGUACUCGUCCUCGGACAACUGUGACGUCGCGACGUCCAACGUGUGCGACAGCUUUGGGAGCUGCGGCUCGGGCAACUCGUGCGAUCAAACCUCCAAGCAAUGCAGCUGCACGUCGGGCACCAAGGGUCCUCAGUGCUCGCUAUGUGACUCGACGGCCCCGGCCUCGGACCAGUGCAGCGGCAACGGCGUCUGCAACACGGAAGGCGUCUGCACGUGCAACUCUGGGUACACGGGCUCCCUUUGUGCCAAGACCGCUGCGGACACUGCUGGCAGCACGACGGGUGAAACCAACAAGAGCGGCGCUGGCACCCAAACGGCGCUGUCACUCGCGGCGGCUCUCGUCGUCCCUUCGCACAAGUCGUUCCGUACCAAGACCAUCCUCGCCAAGAAGAUGAAGCAGAACCGCCCGAUUCCCCAGUGGAUUCGCCUCAAGACGGGCAACACGAUCCGCUACAACGCCAAGCGCCGCCACUGGCGCCGCACCAAGCUCGGCUUGUAA